AUGAGCUUUCUCUACUUAAACUUGCUUAGUCUUGAUCGAAUAGAGAUUUUAUAUGUACUUUUUUCUUCUAUUUUUGCUGUCCUAAAGCACUGUUUUCUGUUUUUCACUUGGAAAAAUUCAAAAAACACCGUUUGUACUUUUUUCAUGCCAAAAAAAAUUUUGAAAAAUGCAGUCAUUUUUAUAGGUUUUGGAGGAUUGAAAAAAGCAUAG